GUACAUACGUCGUCAUCACGCAGCGUCCCGCUAAGCGUGCGCCGAUACCAUUGCGCAAACGAACAAGGAACGCGAGCGAAUCGUGCUCAGCGCCGGUGACAAAUCGGUGAGGUAUCGGCGCUACGGUGGCGACUGCACUAGGCGACUGUGGUAAGGAGUGCGAGAACUGGCGAAGAGGCGCGGAGACGAGGCGAGACGAGGCGAGAACAGCCGAAAUGGAGGAGAGUCAAACAUCGGAAAGUGUCGCCGUGCUACCGGACAUGUCCGAACCGUUGACGAGCGAGACCGAGGAGGCGGCUACGCUGACGAGUGAGCACGAGGCACAUCCUGUCGCGGUCACGGCGAGUGUCACUACGGUAUCAGGUGUUCCGGGCGUACCCGGGGUCGGCGUACCAGUCUCUCUUCCUGUGGGCUCCAUCAUCGGCGUAGCGAACUCGACCAAUGGCACGACUUUCAACGUCAUCACCUCGGAUCAACUGCAGCUGCCAGGUUCGGGACAGUUCAAGCAGAUGCUAUGUGUCGAUAACGGGUUUAUUUGUGAAUCACGUCAUGACAAAGAUUCAGAUCCUCUACGUUGGAAUGGUGAGCUGAAAGCGACUCAUAUAGUGAUUCAGAACAGCACAGAUGAAACGGAAUCAGAGCAAAUACAUGUAUCCACACCCAGUUCUCAACCGAUAUAUAACUGGUCAGAUUCGGCAAAUUUAGCAGUGCUUCCUAUCAGAUGUAAAAACACAAAUGCGGAGUUGCACAAAAAUAGAUUCGGAUCUGGUGGUAGGGGACGAUGUAUUAAACUCGGCUCGGAUUGGUACACACCUAGCGAGUUUGAGGCUCUCUGCGGUAGAGCAUCCAGCAAAGAUUGGAAACGAAGUAUUCGAUUUGGCGGAAGAAGUUUGCAAACUCUUAUUGACGAACAAAUUUUAAAGCCUCACGCCACUUCUUGCACUUGCGCAGCGUGUUGUGAUGACGAAAGUGCGACAGGACCAGUUCGCCUUUUUACUCCGUACAAACGUCGGAAAAGACCUAAGGAUUCAUCAGAUGGAGAGACUCCCUCACGUAAGCACAAAAUCGAGAAUUCACGAGAUGGUAGUAAUAACGAUGAUAGUGGCGACGAGGUUGUUGUGCCUGACAAAGAGGUUUGGCCGCAAUUUGUUUCUACGGAUGGAUUAGUUGUACAGCAACCCCAAGAACAGGAUACGGUGCAGAAUGCGCAUCAAACAGAAAACAGUCAAAGCGAUGAAGUUUUUAAAAAAUUGGAUGAAAUGUCAAACAAAAUGAUAAAGUUGGCUUAUGAAUUUAGACGUAUUUUGGAAGAAGCGAAGGAGUUAAAUAGGCAGCAGAGAAGGGAGCAGGCAUUGGUUGCGCAACUUGGAGGAAGGGCAGAUGUCAUCGAAACUGUUGGAUUACAACCAGCAUCCGAUUCACAUAACAAGAAGUGUGCCAACUGUAAUAGAGAAGCGUUUGCAGAAUGCUCUUUAUGCAGACGUACGCCGUAUUGUUCCACGUUUUGCCAGCGUAAAGACUGGGGUAGCCACCAGAUAGAAUGUGUGAGGGGUGCGGCCGAAACCGUGAUGCUCAUAGUCGAAAGCGGCAACGGGGAUACGAGCGCUCUUCCAACGACUGCGACAGAUCAAUAGCUAGUAUUUCUUACACCGAUUCAAAAGAUUGCAGAAAACGAAGAAUCUGAGGAUGUAGAAACAUUGAAAUUCAAAGAAGAG